UUGCUUCUUGCCAGGAAAUCCGCGGCGGCGGCGGAGAUUCCCGGCGGAGCAGAGCCCGGCUGGCUCCCCGCUCCCUCAGCGGGCCGCGGAGAGCGGAAGCUGCAGCUGAGCUGCGGCGCCGGGAGCCCGAGCGCGCCCCGGGCAGCCGCGCUUUCCCAAAAAAACAGACCUUGGAUUUAGUCAGAUACAUCACUGUCUAUUAAAGGAAACCAACCUUUAAGUGAAAGUCCAACAUAUAAGGAUACAGAAACUGUUUCAACUGAUUCAAAAUGGGAACGACAAGUGAUGAGAUGGUGUCUGUGGAACAGACCUCCUCCUCCUCCCUAAACCCGCUGUGUUUUGAAUGUGGCCAGCAGCAUUGGACGAGAGAAAACCACUUAUACAAUUACCAGAAUGAAGUGGAUGAUGAUCUAGUCUGCCAUAUUUGCCUUCAGCCUCUGUUGCAGCCACUAGAUACCCCCUGUGGACACACAUUCUGCUACAAGUGCCUCAGAAACUUUUUACAGGAGAAAGAUUUCUGUCCAUUGGACCGGAAAAGACUUCAUUUUAAGUUGUGUAAGAAGUCUAGUAUUCUAGUUCAUAAACUUCUAGACAAAUUGUUAGUUUUAUGUCCAUUUUCUUCAGUGUGCCAAGAUGUAAUGCAACGUUGUGAUCUGGAGGCACAUCUUAAAAACAGAUGUCCUGGAGCUUCUCAUCGGAGAGUUGCCCUGGAGAGAAGGAAAACUAGUAAAACUCAGACAGAGAUUGAGAAUGAAAAUGGACCCACUAUACUAGAUCCUCCCAGUACUUUGCCACCAGAAACAGACUGCGCAGGGACAGGCACAGUGCCCCCCGAGCGGCACUUGACGUCAGCCUCUCUUCCCUCAUGGACUGAGGAGCCUGGCCUUGACAACCCUGCCUUCGAGGAGAACGCUGGAGCCGACACUACACAACAACCACUUAGUUUACCAGAAGGAGAGAUCACCACUAUUGAAAUUCAUCGGUCCAAUCCUUACAUUCAGUUAGGAAUCAGCAUUGUGGGUGGCAACGAGACCCCACUGAUUAACAUUGUUAUCCAGGAGGUCUAUCGGGAUGGGGUCAUCGCCAGAGAUGGGAGGCUCCUCGCUGGAGACCAGAUUCUUCAGGUCAACAACUACGAUAUCAGCAAUGUGUCCCAUAACUAUGCCAGAGCUGUCCUUUCCCAGCCCUGCAACACACUGCAUCUCACUGUGCUUCGGGAGAGGCGCUUUGGCAACCGUGCAUACAGCCAUUCUGAUGGUAACUCUCCACGAGAAGAGAUCUUCCACGUGGUUCUUCAUAAACGGGAUUCUGGUGAACAGCUUGGCAUUAAAUUAGUCCGAAGGACGGAUGAGCCAGGUGUUUUUAUUCUUGACUUGUUAGAAGGAGGGCUGGCUGCCCAGGACGGGAGGCUCAGCAGCAAUGACCGAGUGCUGGCCAUCAACGGGCACGACCUGAAGCAUGGAACGCCGGAGCUCGCUGCCCAGAUUAUCCAGGCCAGUGGAGAAAGGGUAAAUUUAACAAUUGCCAGACCAGGGAAACCCCAGCCUGGUAACACCAUCCGAGAAGGGGGAACUCACAGCAGCAGCCAGCACCACGCACAGCCGCUGUACCACAGCAGACCAAGCUCACACAAGGUUUUCCUGAAGGUUUUGCAGGAUCUUACUCAAUGUGUUACAUGCCAAGAAAAACACAUUACUGUAAAGAAAGAACCACAUGAGUCCCUUGGAAUGACUGUUGCCGGUGGGAGAGGAAGUAAGAGUGGCGAACUGCCCAUCUUUGUGACCAGCGUGCCGCCGCAUGGCUGCCUCGCCCGGGACGGCAGAAUCAAGAGAGGUGAUGUGUUGCUGAAUAUCAAUGGCAUCGAUCUGACCAAUUUAAGCCACAGCGAGGCUGUGGCCGUGCUGAAAGCCAGCGCCGCCUCCCCUGCUGUUGCCCUGAAAGCACUCGAGGUCCAGAUUGUGGAGGAGGUGACUCAGACCCCGGAAGAGCAGCCAAGUACCUUCAGCGAAAACGAGUAUGAUGCUAGCUGGUCCCCAUCGUGGGUCAUGUGGCUUGGGCUCCCAAGUGCCCUUCAUAGCUGCCAUGAUAUAGUUUUACGAAGAAGCUACUUGGGAAGUUGGGGCUUUAGUAUUGUUGGUGGAUAUGAAGAGAACCACACCAAUCAGCCUUUCUUCAUUAAAACUAUUGUCUUAGGAACUCCUGCUUAUUAUGAUGGAAGAUUAAAAUGUGGAGACAUGAUCGUGGCUGUAAAUGGCCUGUCGACUGUGGGCAUGAGCCAUUCUGCAUUAGUUCCCAUGUUGAAGGAGCAGAGGAACAAAGUCACUCUGACAGUUAUUUGUUGGCCUGGCAGCCUUGUGUAGAUUUUUGAAAUUGGUUUUGAGUCUUGCAUCUUCCUUUUUUAGGUUUUUGAAAGAAACCCCUUUUAUUUCAUUGUAUUUCUGGUUGUUAGGAGCUACUGACACAGCUGGUAUACAUGGGCCAAAAACCACUAAGAUUAUCCAUGUAUGUUUAUUUAAAUAUUUUCCUAAAUUUAGAUGCAUUUCUUUUAGCUUGGAAACAGUCUUCCACUAACCCUUAUGAGUUUAUAUUUUCAGAAUUCAGACUCACAGUUGUCAAAAUAUUGCAUAUAGUAAUGAACAAAGUCCACCCAAACUGUGACCCAGCCAGCUGGAGUAGGGAACUUCUGGUGGAUCUUUGUUCCAAUAACUGAAUCGUAGAAUGAAUUUCGUAUCUCCCAAGACUGGUGUCAGUGAAGCCAACAGCAGCAGCCUGUACUGCCACUGUUGUAACCAAUGCCAUGAGUGGAUACAUUUUAAAUUUGGGUGAUAAACGUUCCCCAUUUUUCAUCGGUGCCAACAUUUCAAAACUUCAUUCUGUUUAUAAAGUGAUUUUCUGGUUUAUUUUAUUUAUACUGUAAUCUCUCAGUACUAAUAGAAGAUGAAGAAAUAAGUCUGACACCACUAAAGAGAUGCUUUUUUAAAUAAUGUACU